AAUAGCAGCAUAUGUACUUGCAUACCUUCACUCACAUGUACACUACACGCACUGCACAUCCAUCCAUCUAUCUAACACACAUCCUACAAUGGCCACCAUGUUCCGUCACUUCUCUUUCGACCCCGUUCCUCGCCCGGCCUACGCCGCGUACGAGGCCGAGCGGGCUGCCAUGAACGUAUCGCCUACAUCACCAGCAGCCUUGCUUCCACAGCACCCAAGCCGCCCACCCACGCCGCCUUGCACAAUGGGCGACCUUGCCCUUCACCUCAACCACCAGACUCUCCGCAUCGACUCUUCUGUCGCCUGUGGCUCCACGCGUCCUCCCACGCCUGACAGCGACUGCGACAGGAGCCUAUCACCCACCACCGAAUGUGUGCAGGAACAACCGCGCCCCACCUACUCGCGCAUCUCAGCCUCAAUCCUGCGCAUGCAGCGCCAGCACACAUCGCGCAUGCAGUGCACUUCCUCACACGCCCGCGACAUUUCCAAGCUGGUCCAGAUGAUCGAGGCUGAGAAGCAGUGCACCGUCAGCCUCCCAUCCUCGACAUGUCCACCAACCGCGUCCUCUGCCCGUGACGAGGCUGUUGACAUGGACUACGACCUAGCCGCCAAACGCAUCGAGGCAACCGUCGCCACCUCAAUGUGGAGGGCGUCUGAUCGCCGAGAAAGCAGCGUCCGCGUCACAAAGACGGUGCGCAUGCGCAAGCGUUCUAGAGAGAACGCCGUGUGCAAGUAGUCGGCCUUCAAGUCGACUCUGUUUCUGCAUUUCAUUGCGUGCAUAGCCAAGGCGUUUUGGGUUUUUAUUUCACAUAACAGGCGCAAUAUACCACUUGAUCUUUGUUGGAAUACCAUGGGUAUUAGCCCACGAGGCCGCGUCACAAGACAGGCUUAGCGAUACGGGUACAUGGUACUACUCGUUCUACACCACAUACAUACAUCUAUAUUGCUUUUCUGAAAUGCUCCCUGCGGGUUGAGCUGGACGCUGUAGGAUGCGACGAGCCGAGGGCCGUUGCUGCGCUACAUUACGUAUUUAAUACCAUUGCAUCAUCGCACAACAUAUAACUAUGGC